AUUCACUUCCCGCAUACAAAGGGAUUAAAGAGUGUACUGUGUGCUUGCUGCAGGGGUAAUAGCGACCGAACAAACAGAAGAAAGCACGUUAAAACGUUGGAAUGAUUGCAUUGCUUGUUUAACUUCUACUAAUGUAACGGAAUAUUAUUAUUCCCAGCAGGUAAGGGAGACGCUGAGGGGCUGAAUGCGCAACCAGGUGCAGGCUCGCUUCCAGUCAUGACCUCGGGGAAUGGGAACAAUGCGCCCACGGUGACCGGCAGCACCCCUCAUAAUGGCGAGAGCAAACCGCCCCAGGCAAUAGUGAAACCCCAGAUCCUCACCCACGUCAUUGAGGGAUUUGUGAUCCAGGAGGGAGCCGAGCCUUUCCCUGUGGAACGUCCGUUGUCAUUGCUGAUCGAGAACCUGAAGAAACACAAACAACAAACACAUUCCGACUCUGAGAAAACAACCUCCUCCAACAGCACGACAGACUCUGAGAUGGAGGACCUAUCACACCAAGAGCUGAAGCAGCAGGAGGAGCCCACCCUGACGUGUGAGCUAUGUGGCAGAGUGGACUUUGCCUACAACUUCAAGAGAUCCAAGAGGUUCUGCUCCACAGUAUGUGCUAAACGGUAUAAUGUGGGGUGUACAAAGCGAAUGGGCCUCUUUCCAAAUCGACAAACCACCAUGGAGAAGCUGAAGAAGCAAAGAAUGUCGGCUGGAAACCAACAGAACUCGAGUUCAGAAACCAAAAAACGGACUCCCACCACUGGCCAACAAACUGGGGGUGGAUCAAUGACAUCCAGCCACCCCUCUCACGGGGAGUCCAGCCAGUGUUCGGACAUGUCUAGCUACGAGGGUCCUCCUUCGCCCCCCCUGUCUGCUGCCAGCUCCGGUGCUCACAGGCCCCAGCUGGGCAGAGGGCCCGAGCACGUGGAUGGAUGUGGACAAAAUCUGCCCCUCACCCAGCACUUCCUGCCCAGCGACCCAGCCAAGUGGAACGUGGAGGACGUCUUCGAGUUCAUCUGCUCCCUGCCAGGUUGCCUGGAGAUAGCCGAGGAGUUCCGCUCGCAGGAGAUUGACGGCCAGUCCUUGCUGCUGCUGAAAGAGGACCACCUUAUGGGCACAAUGAACAUUAAACUGGGGCCCGCGCUCAAGAUCUUUGCCCAGAUCAGUGUGCUGAGAGACUCGUAGCCCCUCUCUGGAGUUGCUACACUGUUUUCCUGCAAUGUUCUCUGGACCCCUCAACUCCGACCAUGCUCAAGCCUACUGCUGUGGCAGGUGCGUUCCAGGGUGGUGGCGGAUGGACGAAGGUUGUCUCUGUCCCAUAGAAGAUGAUGGUCCACAGGAUAUUGACAGCGCUAUUGAAUUUUAGAGCUUUGACUCUGGACUCUCCUAUGCCAUGCAGGAACUGUUAUCUACUGUAUGAGUUGUACUGUGGAUCUUGUACUGUUCACAUUUGAUUCACAAGUAGCUCACCCAGCCAGACUCCAAGUGGACAACAAGGUGGUACUUAAGUACAGAAAUGCCAUUACUAGUAGUCAGUUUCUAACAAUUGUGAGAUAGUUGCAUCGUAUAACUUUUCCAUAGAUAAUAUAUUUUUGGUUCUUGACUGGAAGUUGGUGUUUAGGGCAUUUUGGUCUUGGUGGAAAGUGGUUGAAAACCUGCCUAGGACUGUAUUUUACAGUUCAUGCCUUGAAAUGUUGUAAUUAAGUAUUUUUUUAUAUAUAUAUAUAUAUACUGCUCAAAAAAAUAAAGGGAACACUUGAACAACACAAUGUAACUCCAAGUCAAUCACACU